CCUGGGCUGUAUAUGCCUGUGUGUCUGCACUCUGCAGAGGUCAAACAUGGCUGCUCUUAGAAGUCCCGUGCACAUAUUUCGUAGUCUUCUGCGAGAACUACGCCACCUACAUGGCCCAGAGCGUUACAAAAACGCUACUGCAUGCAAAUACAUUCGGGAGCAAUUCAGAACGCAUCAGGUAACUAGUGAGAAGCUCUGCCUGGCUCAGCAAGAACUUCAGUUUCAGGCUUCCACUUAUAUUUGCCUUCUCCAAAGUGUCAGGAAUCAACUAAUUUUCCAUGAGGAAUUCCAUGCUAAAGGAGAGCGUUCCCCUGAGGAAGUCGCUGGUCUUGUCGGUCUCAAGCUACCACAGCAACCUGGAGGAAAGGGUUGGGAAACCUAAUGCUUGCCAUUAACAUCAUGUUAAAUAGAAAACAAAGCAAUGUAAACUUUUUUUUUUUUCUUUCUUGCUUAUUAAAUUAAGUUUUAUGCAAAUA